AUGGUUUCUGAUAAAGUAUAUGAGGUAACAUUUGAGGCGCAUUACUCCCCGAGCGAAGUGCGCCAGGCGGGCGUCGCGCGGGGCGUCGCGCGGGGCGUCGCGCGGGGCGUCGCGCGGGGCGUCGCGCGGGGCGUCGACUGGGAGAAGGAGCAGUCGACCCUCGCCCCCCAGACGGGGCCGCCCCCCCGGCCUCUCCUCGUCCUCUCCCUGAGCUCGCUCGCCCGGAGCGGCUCGACCCUCAUGUCGCAGUUCCUGGCCACGCUGCAGGGCGCCGUCUUGUUCUUCGAGCCGAUGUGGAUCAAGGAGCACACCCCGUGCGCCGAGGACGCGACGUGCGUGGAGCGGUACGUGCGCAGCAUUUUCAGCUGCACGUUCUCCGAGGAUUUCGAGCAGUGGUUCCGCGGGAAGGCGCUUUUCUUCAACAAGUUCCACCAGGCCGUGAGGGCCUGCACGCGGCCAGGGAACAGGACCAAGAGGGAGUGCAAGGACGCGCUCGACAUCCGCGGCAUGUGCGAGCGCUCGCCGGUGAGAGCCAUGAAGAUCAUCCGCACGAGGCUGGCCUUCCUCGAGCCGAUGAUGAAGGACCCGCAGAUCAACUUCAAGGUCAUCUACCUGACCCGAGAUCCACGCGGGUCCCUCAACAGCAUCCGCAAAUACGGCUGGAACAGAGACCCGCUGUUGCGCUGCUCCCACCUCGAGCAGGACCAGCUGGCCUCCGCGAAGCUCUCCCAGCUGUACCCCGACAGGGUGAUGCUCCUGAAACACGAGGACUUCUGCCUCGACCCGAUGGGCAAGGCGGCCGCGAUCAUGACCUUCCUGUACGGCGACCCGACUCUCCCUCACGUGCUCAGGACCUUCCUGGUCGAGCACAUGGCGACCAGGUCGACCAAGGGCGGCAUGAGCACGAUCCACAACAGCUCCGAGGAGUUCGAGGCCUGGCGCCACGAGAUCACCGAGACGCAGCUGAUGGAGGUCGAGGGGGAGCCGACGUGCGUGCGGGCCAUUCGGAGGAUGGGCCACGUGGUCUUCGGCUCCGUCCAGAGGGCCAACGACUCGGCCAUCUCGCUCUUCGCGCCCAGGGAGGAAUGGCCCAAGGAUUAA